AGAGACUGUAGGAGAGCAGAUCAACUGGGUGCCAAAAGCGCCCCCACCGCAGCGCCUAUCAGAAACCAUAUCUACAUGCAUCUUCGAUUCCAUACCCAAAGGCGCCCCUAGUAGCGGCUGUGCGAAAUCGAAAUGCUUCCAGUCGACAUAUCCGCGCCGGCCCAACAGGUCUGGCAAGCCCUGCUGGAGCGUGACUUUCCAGCCGAAGUCCGUGAAAUCCUGCAUCGGCCACAGGCGAGCUCUCUCCACCCCGUCAACGACCGCAAAGCCAAGGUCAACGCGGCACUCAAGAUAUUCGUGGAGCAGAAGCUCUCGCGGAGCGAGCGCGAGAAGUUCAAGGCCUCGGGAAAGUACCAUUCCUUCGAGGAUGUAGUCACGCACCUGCAGGAAUCGGCCGAGCACUGGGCAAAGAAGGGGGGCCCGCUCGUCACCGCUAGAGAGACAUUGUUGAAGGUCUUGGAUCGCCUGGGUCACUUCCAGACACUGUUUAGCAUCUUCCCGAGUCAGUCCGCGUACAUGAGCCCCUUUUGUGGUGCGCUGAAGGUGCUUUUGAUGGUCGCGAGUAACUAUGAGAGCUCCGUUAGAGAGAUUGUGGAUGGACUUCUGGAGAUCUCGGAUGCCACCCGAGAGGUUGCGGAGUUAUCGUGCUUGUUCCAUCGGGACGAGAUCCAGAAGCACGUUGUCCUAUUCUACGCGGACAUCCUCACAUUCUGCUGGUAUGCUUUGGAGUGGUACAAUUCGAAAUCAUGGAUGAAACUGGCCAAAAACUUCCGUGAUUGCGGCUUCAGCAAGAAGAUGACGGAAACGAUACUCGAGGUCCGGCGCGACGCAAAGAACAUCCGUAGACUAUCAAGGAACAGCAGCUUGGCCGAGAUCAAGCUUAUAGGUGGACAGCUGUCGAAUCUUACCCGGGCCAACUGUGAUGUGCAGACUACCCUGAACGAGGUCAACAGCGAACUUAGACAGGUCUCUGAUAACCAGCAGUCAAUUAUACUAGGGCUGGCAAAGGGCUUGGAAGAGUUGAAAAUGCAGACGUGGGCUUCGCAUUGGCGACAGUCAAUAGAGAUCUUGCGUCUGCGGCGUGAGGAGAGAGGACGCAUUGAGCCCGUGAAGGAAUACAAGAAGAAAAAACCUUUACUUCUCAAGGCCAGGGAUGACGACUCCACCUCCAAGGAGACGUCAGAAGAAGAAUCCAGCGUCCGCCGCUACAACCUAGCGGAAGUCAUCAAGCAAUUCCGAAAAUCCACCGGCCUCACAGGCUACAACGUAACCAAGGACCUCGAAGCCGCUACACGCAAGCAAAGGACCGGCGGGCGAUGUCAUCCCAGCGACCGCCUCCCAUCCUGGAUCUCGGGACGGAAAUCGCAGCUACUCUGGCUGCAAGCAACCCGGGCACCGUCUCAGAACACCGGCUCUGCGCUUGCCCACUAUGCGGCCGAUAUCGUAAACUCGGCCGCAUACGCUGAUAUUCCCAUCAUCCACUACUUCUGCAAGCGUACAUUAGACUCGGACGAUGAGGAUGGGGAUGAAGACCCCGUGUGCGCGCUCAUCAAUAGCUUGUCGCUGCAGAUACUGCUGCUCUUCGAGAAGAAGAUCCUGGAGACCGAUAUUGCCCUGGAUAGGAAGCGGUUGGCGCGCCUAUCCGCAUCGCAUAAGGAGGCAUGGAAGUUUUUUGGGGAGCUGGUGGGCUUGCAGCCAUCACUGGCAGUUGUCAUCCACUGUCUAGAGUACUAUGAGGAUUAUCCGGCGGCGAUGGACUUGAUGAAGCGAUUGAACGGCCUGGUCGAGGGGCGCGGCAAGACAGUACUCAAGGUCCUACUGACAAGCAAACGUCGCACCACGACGCUGCGAAGAAGGAUCCCCGAAGAUGCUGUGGUGCAUUUUGAAAUCGCAAGACACGAGCGUGGUCGGAAGUUGAAACAGAGAUUUCGGCGCCGGGCACUAGGGCGAACUGCGGAUGCGGCCGAUAGGGUCUGGCUGAGCAGCGGGGAUGAGCGUGACACUGCUUCCAGUGAGGAUGAUCAGGAAAGCGGCUCUGAGGAAGAAGAGGAUGAUAGCGAGGACUCCGAAGAAGAGGCGGAGGAGGCCGAGGAGACCGAGUGAUCCGAAAGCAGAUAGAUUAGGCGGGAGCCGCAGGACCAGGAGAUAGGAUUUGGUAACUUUAUGCACGAUAUGCAGGUGGUCCACGGACACGGUUAGAGUGAGCGGGUGGGGAGGGGGCGAAUUCAAGUUCAAGUUCGACAGGCGAGACUAGAAGCACUAUGAGUGCUUCUUCCUCAGGUCGCGGGGGGUGGUCGCUGGUCAGGUGCAUCGCUUCACA